AUGCCCUCAUACUUCUAUCACGUCGUUCUUGAGUUGCUCACAUCCCAUCAACCGAAUCUCCAGGGCAGUAGCCUCCAUCAUUCUUCGUCAUCGACCUCAUCGAAUACUCGGACGAGCGACAGUCUCGCCUUCGAUUCCGCGUGUGAGGCUCUUCUCCCAUUUCAGAAGCGCCUACGGCACUCCUCUCGUCCCGGUUCCAGUGGGAAAAGCCGAUGUUCGACGACGACGACGUUGUCACCGCGAUCCUCCCCGACCGCCACUGCUGACUCUCAGACGGACCCCCGACUAGAUAAGAUCUUCAUCGAAUGCAUCGAUAUGGUGGCCCCGACGCAGGAUCCAGGAGCCUCUAAACGAGCUUCUACUACUGCUACUACUACAAGUAGUAGUCGUCAUUCUACCUUUUCUUCAGACAAUCCCAUCGCGACGGGAAUCGGCACAGAGAUUCUCGGCGGCCUGCGCACACGAGGCAAAUACACAGCUCUGGAUCAUAGAUCCUCAGACAGCGUCUGGGGGGUCGUACAUCUGUAUCGGGACGCUCAGGAAACGCCCUACCUCGCCGACGAUGAUUACGGGACCUACCUGUCCGGCUCGGCUGCUGCUCGCCACGGCCAGUCGGGACCAGAUAGCUACAAACAACCACGACAGGUGGAGGACCAGUCGCGCCAGUCGCACCUGGACGAGGAGUGCACGACGCUCUGCAUCCUGGCGGUGCCGUGGUAUCUCUCGCCGCCGGACUUUCUGGGCCUCGUCGGGCAGGCGACGCUGGACGAUGUCAGUCAUUUUCGCAUGAUCCGGACGGCACGAGCGAAUCGGUACAUGUGUUUGAUGAAGUUUCGAAGCGCUAAAAAGGCUAGAGAAUGGCAGAAGGAGUGGAAUGGACGGUUGUUCAAUAACCUUGAGCCUGAAACAUGCCAUGUGGUGUUCGUCAAGACGGUCGAAAUCCAGACAGCACAGGCACCUGUCCAUUCCGGCUCGUCUACCAGCCAGGCUGGCGGCAUGAACACCUCACAUGCAAGUUCAACUACGCAACGGGCUACCUCCUCUGCUUCCCUCUCGAGCAAACCUCCUGCCCCGCCGACCCCCGCACUGGUGGAACUCCCGACGUGUCCCGUGUGCCUUGAACGGAUGGACGAGACGAGCGGACUGCUGACGAUUCUAUGCCAGCAUGUCUUCCACUGCACGUGCUUACAGAAAUGGAAGGGCAAUGGGUGUCCCGUGUGCCGGUACACACAGGCGGAGAUCCGGCACAACAGUCAGGGCGGGUAUCUGGGGGAAGAGCUCCAGCACCAGCAGCACCAGCAGCAGGAGGGGGAAUGCAGCGUGUGCCACUCGGAGGCGAACCUGUGGAUGUGCCUGAUCUGCGGCAGCAUCGGAUGCGGGCGGUACGACGGGGCACACGCCUUCGACCAUUACAAGACGACGGGCCAUGCGUUUGCGAUCGACCUGUCGACGCAGCGGGUGUGGGACUACGUGGGCGACGCGUACGUCCACCGGAUCAUCCAGAGCAAGACGGACGGCAAGCUGGUUGAGUUACCGGGGGCGGACCCCAGCGCGCUCGACCCGCCGGACUGGACGGACGCCGUGCCGCGCGAGAAACUCGACAACAUGAGCCUGGAGUACACACAUCUCCUGACCAGUCAGUUGGAGAGCCAGCGCGCGUACUUUGAAGAGAUUGUCGAGCGGGCGGCCGACAAGGCGUCGCGGGCCGGCGCGGCUGCCACCGCCGCGCAGGAGGCGGCCGAUACCACCACGAGCCGGCUACAGGAAGUCCAGGCCGAGUUCGACAAGCUGAGCACCGAGACCGUGCCGGCCAUGGAGCGCGACAGGGCGCGGGCUGCGAAACGCGCGGACAAGUUCGAGGGCAUGGCGCGCAGGCUGGAAAAGGAGUGGCGCGAGGAGAAGACCAUCAAUGAGAGCCUGAUGCAGCGGGUCGACUUUCUGGCCAAGCAGGUCGAGCAGCUGCAGAGCGCCAAUGCGGACCUCACGGAGCAGAACCGCGAUCUCACUUUUUUCAUCAGUGGUUCGGAGCGCUUGAAGGGGCAGAGCGAAGAUGUCGUCCAGGGCACGGUAACCGUUGCGGAAAAGAAGGGAAAGAAGCGGUAA